AUGAAAUUUUCCGCAAACCUAAAUAUUCAUGGUCUUCAGCACUUUGUUGAGUGUUUAUUAUGUUUGAAUAAGUUAUGCAAGGAACUAUCUAGUACUUCACUACCGUAUCUAAAGUUGACACAUGAUAGAAUCUCUAUUAUAAUAAAGACAAACGGGCUUAUCGACUCUUAUCUGGAAAUCGAUUCAACAGAACUAUUUCAAUGCCCAUUCGUGCUAGAAAGUCAGACUAAUAACGUCAUUGUCUUAGAAGUAGAUAUAACUUCCCUUUAUGACGCCUUGAAUUCUGCGACUAGAAGCGAACAUAUAACCAUCAAACUUAUAAAGUAUGUUUUACCCAGUCUAAAAUCCCCAAGAUAUAGAGGUGGCUUUCUUUCGGUGAAGUUUACCGAUCCUAUAUAUCCUACAAUCGUCAUCACACUCGACGUACCAGUAAAUCCAAUAAACGAAGAUAUCAACAGAAACUCCGUAAUACCCGUAAUACCGCCGUGUAGCUGGAAUAUUGGUUUAUCUAAACUCCAAAGUAUUACGUAUUUUUUGGAAUCUGUCUACAAGAUAGGAAAUGAUUUAGUAGAAUUCCAAGUAAUACGUAAUAGGUAUACUCAAAACGACGCAGUUUCUGUUGAUGGAAGUGUUUUUUAUUCCAGCACGCUUAAAUUGAGAUCAUUUGGAAAUAUUGCUGAUCUAGAAACUAUUUUUCACGGACUUCAUAUAUUUUCCUCUCUACCAGGUUUAAGAAAUGUUUGUAAUACUAAACUUUGUAGACCAAGAACUUAUUCACGACGAAAGUAG